GCUCCCAUUGGUUGGUUGACUUCCGUACACUGGAGUCCAGCAGCAUGGCAGCAGCGCCGUGGAACAGAGUCAACAUCCCGUUUCCCGCCGCUGUUUCGUGCGUGCGCGUGCCGUUCACGUCAGCUUCAGCCUGUAAGGUGAAGUCCGUGUGCGCGGGAAACGAGACGGUGCUGAAGCUCGUCCGCUGUGAGGUUCUGCAGACGGAGGUCCGAGUCCUGUACGAGCUGCUGCACGUGCUCCACAACAGCUUCAGGGCCAACAAGACCCUCCAGGCCCUACGGCAGGUGGAACAAUGUGUGAACAGACUGAAGAUGAUGAGGCUGGAGGAUGCCCUCCAGGAGCUGGCGGACCUGUGUCCAAACAAGGCCCAGAGAGGCCUGGGCUUGAAGACGGGCGAGUGUUCGGUUCCGAGUCAGCCCACGCUGGAGUGGACCUGCCUGAAGGUCCUGGGAGCUGCUGAGCUCCUGAGCUGCUGCCUGCAGCGUUGCAGCCGAGCCUUCCUACUUUCUAGGCAGCAGCUCAGAUGUGAGGAGUUCAUCGUACUGAACGUGGUGAUCACCAGCAUGCUGAGUCGUCUCUGGGUGAUUUUCCGGGGAAUGCUGUCUGGGCUGUCUGCUCUGUACCCGCCGCUCCUGGAGCUCCUCGGGGACGUGUCCCGAGCCCGGCCCAUGCCCUACUUGGCGCAAAACUCCCUGCCGGCUGAUUUGCCUGCGACUCCGGGUCCGUCUCGUUCAGUUCUGCCUAGGAAGCAUCCGACUGUUGGUGCUGCACAGCAGACGAGGGGGCGGCAGAGCGGGAAGAAAGCAUCGUGGAGACGGAGGGAAGACCUGGGUGUUGCUGUGGAGAGAGAUCUCGAGAAUCACACGGAUAUCAAGCCCUGUUUUAAUAUUUUCAGGAAGGCCAAACCUUUGCAAGAAGAAAAGGAGCUAACCUUCAGGAAGCAACUGAGAGAAGCAAGAAGCUUUGCAUGUCUGUCGGCGCAUCUCCAGGACAUGAUUGUGUGGUUCAAAUCCCACCGGAUGCAGAGGGAAAAACGCCUCCUGACGUUCCUACAUCUGAAGUGCCUUAAGAUGAAAUGCCUGGAGGCAGCAGGACACGACGUCCACAGGAAGUUGCGUUUCCUCAGACAGGAAGUUAGCUGGGCUUCAUCUCCACCUGGAUCGGCGAGGAAGCGUCUUCAUUUCUGUGCUGUAAUCAGGAGACGCAGAAGCGCCAGAAGCCUCCUCGGGUCGCGCAGAGGAAGGCGUCUGCCAGGAGGAGGAGGCAGGAGAAAAGCGCCGACGGUGAAGCCGAGAAAGACGGCGGUGACAGAACUGAACCGAGACGAGCAGCAGAGCAGACCGGAGCUGGCGCUUCAGACCACUGGCUCUCAUGAUGACAUCGAUGCUAUAUUUGCCUCUGUAGGUCUGUGAGACUUCAGUUUAUGAGAGAAAACAUGAAAUCAAGCGAGUGCAAACGCCGUCAUGAUGAUGGGAAAUGCGGCUCCCAGCACAGAACUGUCAUUGUUGGUAAACGAAAGAGCCUCCAGCCAAAGAGGGGGAGUGAUGCAGGUCAGUGUAAGUGUGCCUUCUGUGUGACAUCCAACUGACUAAAGAAAAAUAACUUUAUUGUCAUUGGACAACAACCUUUAGCAGCAACUCCCUUCUGCAAAAACACUGCAAGAACGUCAAACGGUUUCUGUGACUUUCAGGACAGAAAAUGAGAUCUGACCUUGACGUAACAAACCCAAAUGGAACAUGACGUUUAGAAGAAAAUCCCCUCCUGGUGAAAAUUCUCUCACAUGAUGUAGUUUGAUUUACAGCCAGAGUUUACAAAAAGAGGUCAUUUUGUGAUGUUCUGGCACCACCUGGUGGAGAAGACGGUUAUUGCACCUUCAAAAUCAUUGACCUGAACCACUUCACCAGACCCAAACAGCUUUGGUUGUUAAGUGUAUUGUUUGACCUUAUCAGUUGUGAUUUACGUUAGUGCUGUCAUACACAGCACUAACGUUUUGUUUUAAAGGAUUAAUUACUGAUUACCUGUUUGUAAUCUGACCUAAUAACUGCUGAGGUAUUUUUAUUUACAUUUGUGACAUUGUGGUGCAGUAAAAGAUCCAAAUAGUUUAAAAAGUGACAGUGGACAGUAAACUACAUUUGAUUUACGAAAAACAAAAAUAAAAAGGUAUUUGCAAGUC